AUGCGCCAAGAACCCCCCCCCAUGUACAUCACCCUCUACUACAUAGUCACCUGGCUCCCUGACUCUCUUCGCGUAGUCAGGGACCACUUCCUCUCAGUUUGCCCCACCACUCUCACCGUUGACCUCCUCAAGAAGGGCCUCCUAGCAGCAGAGAAGAGCAUCGAUGCUAUAGGAGCCUCUCGUGGUGACCCUUGCACCCCCGUCUUUGAGGGGUGUUCCCCCUCCCCCCUCUUGCUCUCUGUUGCUUCUACUGCUGCGGCCGACCUCGUUGGUUUCGAGUCGGUCGGCGCUGCGUCUGCCCCUAGCGGGAGACGCCGCACCGGCAAGGGCAAGGGGGGCAAGGGCGCUAGAAGGGCUGGCGGGGGCGGUGGAGGUGGUGGUGGAGGCAGUGGAGGGGGUGGAAGUGGUGGUGGGAGUGGUGGCGGGGGUGGCGGCGGCGGCGGCAGCAGUGGAGGCGGAGGAGGCGGCGGUGGUGGCAGAGGGAGCGGAGGCGGUGGAGGUGGCGGAGGAGGCGGAGGUGGAGGAGGCGGCGGAGGCGGCGGCGACGGCGGCGGCGGCGGUGGAGCGGGUCGCGACUCUGCGCAGAGGAGUGGCUCAGGUGGUGGUCCGCGCCAGCAGCAACGGAGUGGUGUGACCCUGUCCCCUCAGCAGCUUCGUGAGUGGUACGCUCCGCGUCAGCGCGGUGGGGGUACUGGUCCCUGCACUUACGUCCUCCGUACCGGUGACCGAGCUGGUGAGCAGUGCGAGGGCCCGCACUCCACCCAGCGCUGCUUCGGCCGCCUGACGGACGCGUGGCGUUGCCAGUUCCCUGAGGCGUCUGAGCUCCCUCGCUGGGGAGAUCGGUCAAGGGCGGGGGUUGCCAUCUUUGAUCUUGACUAUGAUGCUAUCCUUGCUGCCAUGUAUUCUGUGACUACUAGAGUUGAGGGUGACUGUUACCUGUGUGUACCGCAUGACCCGGGCAUUGAGGCCACUGCUCUAGGUGCUGGUGAGGCUGCUGCUCUAGGUGCUAGUGCUUCUGCUAGCCCAGGUGCUAGUGCGUCUGCUGCCCUAGGUGCUGGUGAGUCUGAUCUUUCAGGUACUCACGCAUUGUGCGAUUCGGCAUAA